AUGGGCUCAAGGCUCGACCGCUUAGUCACCCUCUUGGAAACUGGAAGCACCCCAGUCAUCCGGAAUACCGCUGCACAACAGCUGGCCGAUGUCCAGAAACAGCACCCCGAGGAACUGUUCAAUCUACUUGGCCGUAUUCUCCCGUACCUCAGGUCACGUUCAUGGGACACCAGGACUGCUGCUGCCAAAGCCAUUGGUGGCAUUGUGAGCCAUGCCCCUAUAUUUGACCCUAAUGCCGACGACACUCAGGUGCCUAAUGACGAUGAGGUGGAGAGCGAAAAGUUAAAGAAAGAGAAUGACGUGGCACACGAUAUCCUAGAGCUAGAGACGCUUGAUAUCGUUUCCAUUUUAAAAUAUGGCCACAAGCUCCUGGGAAGCGCCAGCAAGGAGUACGAGUACUCUUUUGCUGGUAUGGGCCCUGCUGAGCGACUGCAACGACAAAAGAAGACGCUGAACUCUCGACUCGGGCUAGCCGGCGAAUAUCUCGAGGAUGAUCUCAUAAACGAUAUUGAAGCCAACGAUAAUGUUAUGUCUAAAAGGCAAGCGCCAACCCCUAAACUUGACACGUCUGUCUCCUCCCUUGCGCGCCAGCAUAGUUUAAAUUUUUCCCCUUUAUCACCUAGCGAGCCUCCGACUCCUAUGAAUGGCGAAGAACAUGGAUUAAGCAAGCGUCAGUUGAACCAGUUAAAACGCAAGAACAAGCAAUCCGCUAGGAUGGGAACUAAUAAAAUUCGACUUGUUGAUCUUUCGGUUCGUAAAGCCUCAGAAGUUGCGGUCAUCGCAACACCUCAUCCCAUUAAAAAGGAGGAAACCGAAGAAGCGGAAGAUGAAAAACAAGAUUAUUUUUCUCUCAACCGGCAAGGUCCCGAUGACGACUCCAAGGUAGUCACAGAGUUCAAAGGCGCUGCUGUCCCAGAAAAGUCAUUCAUACAAACCGAUCUCGAGGAGCAAAAUUUAGAGUGGCCGUAUGAGCGCAUGUGUGAGUUUCUUAUGGUGGACCUAUUCGACCACAGUUGGGAGAUACGACACGGCGCAGCUAUGGGUCUUCGGGAAGUAAUUCGUGUUCAAGGCACCGGUGCCGGUCGUUUCUGGGGCAAAACUAGGGUCGAGAAUGAUGCUCUCAACCAUCAAUGGCUUAGUGACGCUGCGUGUCGGUUUCUUUGCGUUUUUAUGCUCGACAGAUUUGGCGACUACAUCUCCGACAACGUUGUGGCUCCAAUUCGUGAAACGAUAGGCCAGACACUAGGUGCACUCCUGUCCCACUUGCCUUCAAACUCCGUGGUGUCUGUCUAUCGGAUUUUGCAUAGAAUUGUGAUGCAGAACGAUCUCGAUGCGUUGAAACCGAUUUGGGAGGUUUGUCAUGGAGGCAUGAUUGGGCUCAAAUAUUUGGUUGCAGUGCGGAAUGACAUUUUGUUCGAUGCGCCCGGCGUUAUGGACGGUGUCAUUGAAGCUGUGAUGAAAGGCUUGGGCGACCAUGAUGAUGACGUCCGAGCUGUCAGCGCAGCAACCUUAAUUCCUAUUGCUGACGACUUCGUGAAGUUGCGGCCGGAGUCACUGAGCAUGAUGAUCAAUAUUGUCUGGAAUUGCCUCUCUAAUUUACAAGACGAUCUUAGUGCCAGCACAGGAUCGGUCAUGGAUCUCCUCGCUAAGCUCUGCACCUUUACCGAAGUUUUAGACGCGAUGAAAGCCAACGCCGCCAAAGAUCCUGAUUCAUCUUUCGGAAAUCUUGUUCCUCGACUCUUUCCAUUUCUACGACAUACAAUUUCUAGUGUACGGUCCGCUGUACUCCGCGCGCUACUUACUUUCUUGAAACUAGAAGGAGAGGACCAAGAUUCGUGGGCGGACGGUAAAGCUGUUCGGCUUACCUUUCAAAAUCUUCUUGUCGAACGGAAUGAGAAUGUGCUUAAGCUGUCGCUACAGGUCUGGUCGCAACUACUUAGAGUCCUUCGCGCCCAAGGGGUUUUCAAUGGAGAUCAACUUGUUGCUCCCAUUCAACCGCUUAUAAUUGCGACUAUGAGUCCGUUCGGAGUUCCUCGAUACCCCAUACCAAUGGAUCUAUGUCUUUUCAUUCGCCCGUCUGGAUUACCCUUUAACCCUGGACCUUCGGCACCAAAGAAAUGCUUGGUUCCCACUCCCAACGAUCUUCCUCCCACACCUGCUCCUCGCGGCAGAAAACGAAAAGCGGAUAAAAAGGAGGCUGCAGUGGUUAUGACGCAUAAUGUAGAUGGCCAUAUGUUGCAAGGGGACAUUGACCUUGUUGGUACAGACACGAUGAUCAGAUCGAAAAUAUACGCAGCUACUGCCCUUGGCGAGUUUUUAUCCGCUUGGGAUUCUGCUAACGAGUCCAGCCUCUGGGAACGAGUAUUACCAGCUUUAAAUUACCCAGGCUCUACGUCCCAACUAGUGGCAGCCAUAGUGAUUGAAGAAUACACUAAACGUCAAGGGCCUGCAUCACGUUAUGUCUCCUUGCUUUCACAGUGGCUCAAUCCCAUGAUAGAAAGUGAGCGGCCAUUGUGGUAUAGCGACAUUGCAUGCUUUCUCCAUAUUGCGAGAGCGCAAUGCCAUUCACUUUUGAACACUUUUCGCGAUCAUGCUCAUGUUUCCCCAUCUAGGCUUCCAGCGCUGGCUGUUGUUGUUCAGGGGGAUCCAGAUGCCGGUCCCAAUGCAUUCUCGAUCCAAGAUGCAGAAAAAGUGGUUGGCCCAGACUUUGAAAAGCUUAAGAAAGACCUGUCACCAACUCAAAGAGUAUCUGCCCUUCAGGUCCUAAAUGAUUCCCGUACUAGCGCUCAAAAUGCUGUCAAGGAAGCACAAGAAAUUAAAGAACAACGUGACAUGCGUGUUCGUGCUGCUAUUGCUGGCUCCUUGGUUGCACUUCAGGAUAUUCCAAAGAGACCGAGCCAAAUCAUCAAAGCUAUGAUGGAUAGCAUAAAGAAAGAGGAAAAUUAUGACCUGCAGCAGCGAUCAGCAUCUGCUAUUGCAUCUCUGGUAGAAUAUUAUACCGCCGCAGCAAAACGCGGCCCAGUUGACAAAGUUAUUGGAAACCUGGUAAAGUUUUGCUGUGUUGACACAUCUGAAACCCCAGAGUUCCACCAUAAUGUUCACCUGGAAAAAUCCAUUUUAUCUCUUCACAAGGAGGAGGACAAGAAAGAUCCAGUCGAUGCUGCUAAAUUUGAGAAAGAAUCACGAGAAGCAAGAAUCAUGCGCCGUGGGGCAAAAGAAGCGUUGGAGCAGUUAGCAAUGAGGUUUGGGGAUCAAUUGCUAGAAAAGGUUCCUAACCUAGCCAGUCUCAUCCAGGGCUCUCUGAUGCAGACUUUGGGCGGGGAGCUCCCGCAGGAUAUUAGAAACCCCUCUAGUGAAUUAGGACAGGAGACAGUGGAUGGGUUAUCUACUCUACGAGCGCUGGCCCCGAAAUUCAGUGCUGGUCUAUAUCCAUGGGUUAUAGAGCUUAUUCCUGUUAUUGUCAAGGCUUUACAGUGCGAAUUAUCCGUCAUUCGCUACGCAGCCGCUAAAUGUUUUGCCACGUUAUGCAGCGUGAUGCCUGUUGAAGGUAUGACCAUGCUGGUGGAAAAAAUCCUACCUUCAAUUAAUAAUGCACUGGACAUUAGUUGUCGCCAGGGUGCCAUUGAGUGCAUAUACCAUUUGAUUCAUGUUAUGGAAGAUAAAAUUCUUCCAUACGUUAUUUUUCUCAUUGUUCCUGUGCUCGGUCGAAUGAGCGAUUCGGAUAACGACGUGAGACUUCUUGCAACAACGGCAUUCGCUACACUUGUUAAGCUUGUCCCACUGGAAGCCGGAAUCCCUGACCCCCCGGGGCUUUCUGAAAAGCUACUCGAAGGCCGUGAUCGAGAAAGGAAAUUCAUGGCGCAGAUGCUUGAUGUACGAAAAGUUGACCAAUUUGAGAUACCUGUUGGUAUCAAGGCAGAGCUUCGAUCAUAUCAACAGGAAGGUGUUAAUUGGCUUGCGUUUCUCAAUCGGUACAACCUUCACGGAAUUCUUUGCGACGACAUGGGCCUUGGGAAAACUCUGCAAACACUCUGUAUUGUUGCUAGUGACCAUCACCUACGAGCCGAGGAGUUUGCACGAACGCAGGCUCCUGAAGUACGGCGGUUGCCGUCGCUGAUCAUUUGCCCCCCUAGUGUUUCUGGUCACUGGCAGCAAGAGAUCCAUCAAUACGCACCUUUUCUUACCUGCAUUUCAUAUAUGGGACCCCCAGCUGAAAGGUCAAAACACAGGUUGCGACUUACCGAAGUUGAUAUUGUCAUUACUUCCUAUGAUAUUUGCAGAAACGAUAGCGAUGUUUUUGCGCCGAUGUCCUGGAAUUACUGUGUUUUGGAUGAAGGGCAUCUGAUUAAGAAUCCAAGAGCAAAGAUCACUAUGGCAGUGAAACGCAUCCAGAGUAAUCACCGUCUUAUACUCUCUGGAACUCCAAUUCAAAAUAACGUUUUGGAGCUUUGGUCACUGUUUGACUUCUUGAUGCCUGGCUUCCUGGGAACCGAGAAGGUGUUCCUUGACCGUUUCGCAAAGCCCAUCGCGGCGAGCCGUUUCAGCAAAUCGUCCUCUAAAGAACAAGAAGCUGGAGCUUUGGCUAUCGAGGCCCUGCAUAAACAAGUUCUCCCAUUCUUGCUACGACGAUUGAAAGAGGAGGUUCUGAACGAUUUGCCACCUAAAAUUCUCCAGAAUUAUUACUGUGAUCCAAGCGAGCUGCAACAAAAGUUAUUCCAAGACUUUACAAAGAAAGAGCAAAAAGAUUUAGCGAAGAAAAUGGGGAGCGCGGAGAGAGAGGCCAAAGAACAUAUUUUUCAGGCCCUACAAUACAUGCGUCGACUCUGCAACUCUCCUGCUUUGGUUGUCAAAGAAGGUCACAGGCAAUACCAAGAAGUUCAAAAGUACCUUUCAGAUAAGAAAUCGCAUAUUCGCGAUAUUGCGCAUGCACCCAAACUUACUGCUCUUCGUGAUUUGCUUAUUGACUGCGGUAUUGGCGUUGAUCCAUCUGGCGAGGGUGAAUUGAAUACCGCAGCAAGCUAUGUUAGCCCACACCGCGCCUUAAUUUUUUGUCAGAUGAAGGAGAUGCUUGACAUCGUGCAGAAUGAUGUCCUCAAAAAGCUGCUUCCAUCUGUGCAGUACCUGCGUCUUGACGGAAGUGUCGAGGCUACAAAACGGCAAAGUAUCGUCAACCAAUUUAAUACAGACCCUAGCUAUGAUGUUCUUCUUCUCACAACGAGUGUUGGCGGGCUUGGUCUCAAUCUUACGGGCGCAGAUACGGUUAUUUUUGUUGAACAUGACUGGAAUCCCCAGAAAGAUAUUCAGGCUAUGGACCGUGCGCAUCGUAUUGGUCAGAAAAAGGUUGUCAAUGUAUACCGAUUGAUUACUCGUGGAACUCUGGAAGAAAAGAUUUUAAAUCUCCAACGUUUCAAGAUUGAUGUUGCUUCCACCGUCGUUAAUCAACAAAACGCUGGCUUAAGCACUAUGGACACUGAUCAACUGCUUGAUCUCUUUAAUUUGGGAGAAACCGCUGACACUGUUGAAAAACCCGGACAGGACACCGGUCUUAAUGGUAAUGAGGUUGACAUGGUGGAUAUCGAUGGUGAAGUCAAAGAAAAAGGUAAAAAGGGUUGGUUAGAUGAUUUGGGAGAGCUAUGGGAUGACCGGCAGUACGAAGAGGAAUAUAACCUCAACUCAUUCUUGGCAUCCAUGAAGGGUUGA